GAUCGUACAUGAAAGCUUAUAAGUGACCUCCCCCGCAUCUUGCUCACAUUCACUCACGAUAUUCAACUGACAGAGAGAGAACCCUUUGGAAACACAGCUCAGAGAACCCAGGAUCCAGUUUUAUCAUUCGCCGGAGAUCCCGGAGUAGCACUACCUAAAUUGUCCACCUGGGCCACUGACACAAUCCAUUACAUCAUUAUUGAGCUACCGAUUCGGGGUAACUAUACUAAGCUCCUGUUCCUGGAGCUUCUUCUACCUCAAGUUUCGAGACUACAAGAUAGCGACUUUGAAAAUGGAGGGUCGGCGCUCUUCAACACUCCCGGGAGGUUCCCGUCGGGGUCAAACCGGGGGAUAUCUCCCAAUUGAGGACUAUGGAAUGAUUGGAAACAUGCACACUUGUGCUCUCGUGGGAAUUGAUGGAAGUAUUGACUAUAUGUGCUGGCCUGAUUUUGACUCCCCUUCUGUUUUCUGCCGGCUCCUCGACAAGGACAAAGGAGGGCAUUUCUUUAUUUCCCCCCCUCCCUAUGUAAACUGUACUACCAAGCAGCAGUAUCUUCCAUCAUCAUGUAUUCUACAAACAAGGUCCAUUCAUGAAGAUGGUGUCGUCGAUGUGGUUGACUUUUUCCCUCGCCCACAGAAUAUCACGGUUACCACCAAAGGUGUGAAGCUGAAUGCUUACCGGGAAGUCACCAAAGUCCAAGAUGAGCUUAAGAAGUGGUUGGUCCGCCGAGUGGAAUGCAUUCGUGGUUCAAUGAAUCUUGAUAUCGAACUCUUUCCUUCUUUCAACUACGGAAGAGAUGAGCAUGAGACUACUCUCUUCCAAGAACAGCACUUCACAACUGAUAAUAAGAGUAAAGUUGCCUCGUUUCAUAGCAAGGAUAUUCAGCUGCAGCUUGACGUUGCAAUUGAGAAGGGAGAGAACGAGACCAGUUGUCCUCUCAUAACUUUCAGAAAGGAGAAGCGUCCUGGCAUCAACGGCGAGGGCCUCGUGGCUUGCAUCCGUAUUGAAGAAGGCCAGACGAUUUCUUUUGUCCUUCGAAAUGAUAUUGAACACCAUGUCACGGAGAAUAUUACGAUUGACGUGCUUGAUGCCCAGCAGCACUCUACGCAGAGUUUCUGGUAUAAUUUCAUUGCGCAAUCGAAGUAUAAAGGCCGAUGGAGAGAGGUUGUGUCUCGAAGUUUGAUGAUACUCAAGAUGAUGACUUACGAGCCUACUGGUGCUAUCAUAGCUGCCCCAACCUUUUCUAUUCCCGAAGCCAUCGGUGGCGUAAGAAACUGGGACUAUCGCUUCUCUUGGAUUCGUGAUUCGAGCUUUACUAUCUACAUCCUGCUACGUCUUGGUUUCAAGGCCGAAGCAGAUGCUUAUAUGGAGUUCAUCAUGGAAAGAUUCGUUCACUCGCGUGGCCCAGAUGGAGGCUUGCCUAUUAUGUUCACCAUUCGCGGUGAGACUGACAUCCCGGAACUGACAUUGGAUCAUCUUGAAGGUUAUCGCGGCAGUAGCCCUGUUCGUAUCGGUAAUGGUGCGGCGUUUCAUCAACAGUUUGAUAUCUAUGGCGAACUGAUGGAUGCUAUCUACUUGUAUAACAAAUACGGAAAGCCAGUUCCAUGGGAUGUUUGGAAGGCUGUUCGUGAGAUUCUUGAUUAUGUUUUGACUAUCCUCGACGAUCCCGACAUGUCUAUCUGGGAGGUCCGAAAUAACAAGCAGCACUUCACAUACUCUCAGAUAAUGCUCUGGGUCGCAUUUGAUCGCGGCCUUCGUCUUGCUGACAAGAGAUGCUUUCCAUGUCCCAAUCGCGCUAAAUGGAUGGAGGCAAGAGACAGCAUUUAUGAGCGUGUCAUGGAGCAAGGAUAUAACGAGGAGAUGAAAUGCUUUGUGCAAAGCUUUGAGAGCAGAACUAUGCUCGACUCCUCCAUUCUUAUAGCUCCUCUUGUGUUUUUCAUCUCACCCUGUGAUCCACGUUUUCUCAAUACACUUGACCGUAUUCUCUUACCCCCAGAAAAGGGCGGGUUGACAAGUACCGGCUUAGUAUACCGAUAUGACACUGAGCUGUCCAACGAUGGAGUAGGCGGUCAUGAAGGUGCGUUUAGUAUGUGUACUUUCUGGCUCGUCGAAGCCAUGACCCGAGCAGCCGUCUACGAACCGAAGUAUCUGGUCAGGGCUGUAAAUCUCUUUGAGAAUAUGCUCGGUUUCUCUAAUCAUCUCUGCAUGUUCUCUGAGGAGAUCGCAAGAUCUGGGGAACAACUUGGUAAUACACCUCAGGCAUUCAGUCAUCUAGCCUUAAUCAGUGCGGCUUUCAACCUGGACCGUACUGCAAGGUAAAAUACAAGGGUGCUUUGGAAGGCAAACCGCAGACGAAAAGCGGCCAAGUUUAGCAUAAUUGUUUAUUUACUCCAUCGUGGGCCCUUCGGAGAAUGCAUGAAAUUAUUUUUGAUAAUUAGUUUACUGCUACAAAUACGAGCUCAUGUUCCGUAAAGCGUGAUUAAAUCACCCACGAAGCUCUACAGAUACAGAAUCUCCAACCUCAAUUGUUGGGUAUUGUGACUCUUUUUUCAUAACGUCGCCUUCAGCGAAAGGAUCAUGCCGCAUAUGUACCCCAAAGUAAACUUUGCCAUCGAAGCGCCUUGUCUUCGCAAGCGUCACGAAUGGCUCUUCCUUCUUUUCGCCAGUUUCUUGGUCUAUACAUACCAUCUGACAUCUGCGGCACGCACCCAGAAGCCUGAAGUUUUGGCGACCAAUGCUCAUAGAGCCCCAACGAUCCUCAGAAAAGGCUGGCUGUGCUUUAAAACCAGGAGCUUGUUCGAGUGUUAUAUUUGCUCUAAAUGAUUUCUCUUCAACCGAGCUUCCACCACGGUCAAUGAUUUGCUGGUUCAAAGCAUCAACACUCGAACUGUGGAUUACCAAGAUAGGACUCUCGUUAGAGAGAAGAAUCUUGGCAGGUUUCUGCUGUUCAGAGUCCGAAUCAGGAGGUGAUGGCACAUCUGGGAAGGAACCUGGUAAUGUGUGGAUUUUUGAUGGCUGUUGAUAUCUUUGAAUCUGAGCCUUGGAAAGACGGCUUUUCAGCCCCAGGCCACCAGGGGGGAAGCGCGCCAAGACACAAGGAACCCCAAGAGCAUUCGAGAAGAAAGAGUUAAUCCUAUCCGAUGUAUAUAUCUGUGUGCUCACGUUCUCGCCACAAACUCUAGAUGAUUGCCUGCCAAUACUGGAGUCAAUGACAGAAGGGUCUGCUGAUAAAGGGAUGGAUAUUUGGCUUGGUUGGCCGCUAUGCUGUGUCCCAUGAUAUGUGAUGAUCAGCUCGCCCUUGCCAAAGUCUAAUGUUGGUCUUAACAAAGCCAUCUUAGGGCAGCGUUUCUGACUCAAAGCAUGCCCAGAACCAUGAUGGACUAAGCACCAUUCACGAUCCCAUGCUAGACCUUCUGGUCGAACCUCCCAAGGAAGCCCAGAUGGGAUCGAGUACCCGGCGCAGCUUUUUAUUGGGUAGAUAGUAAUAGUUUUUACCUUGAGUGCGGAAGAGUUAGGGACGUCGGUGGAUUUCUGGAGGUCUAGAUCAGAAGAAACGAUUGGUACCGUUCUUUCUUGGUAGAACUCCUUGAGAAAAGCAACAAAGCCAUCGACAUCUGUUUUCGUGCUCAUUGCACCUAGGCUAGCUCGAAUGACACCGGUGGGCUUACCAGACAUGAUAUCAUUGUCUGCACCGCAACGAAACCCGGCUGAGAAAUUCUUCUUCAUCUCCCAAGGUUGCAAGUCUAGGGCUGAAGCAAUGCCGCCUGGGCUGCAAAGCCCACCGGUCCGAAUGUGGAUGUUUUUGAGAUUCGCAAGUUUCUCAAACUCGGCAAGGCUUAUCCAAGCGCCCUGGCUAUUCCUUAGGUUGAAAGAAACAACAGGCCCAUUUCCAAGAGCGUUUUUGUCGCUAGAUGCAGAUGUAUAGAUUUUGCAAACCGGGGCACCGUUUGCAUGACGCAUAUUGCUCAAUUCUUGGAACAUGCGUUGGGUGAGGUAUGAAGUAUGGGAGCUGAUUUGAUCCAUGGAACCAAAUAGUCGUCGAUGUAUAUCCAUGGCAAUGUCGAGAGCCACUAUGUUAUGAAACGGAAGUGUCCCGUCUUCUAGCCUCUCGUGGAGGAACUGUGAUUUUGGGGCAUGCCACUUCUCCUUUCCAGAAACAACCAUGUCCACCGUGCCUCCACCAAAAUACCUGCGAUUGUUAAACACCCAUUCGGAAGAACGCUUCACUAGCAAGGCUCCAAGAUCGGGAAAUCCGAAAAUCUUAUACAAGCUGAGGACAGUAAAGUCUGGUGCUAAGUUCGGAUCGCUGAAAUCGAGAUAAGAUGUAGCAGCAAAUGAGGAGGCGUCCAAUAAUGUGAGAAAUCGAUGUUGGGGUUUGCGAUACAAGUUCCGUAAGUUUUUCGCCCAAGUUAAGGGAUAUCUUUUGCCAUCCAUAUGGGAUUGCGCAGGAUAGGCAAACAGUGUUGUUGCUGACGAGUUAUCGGUCAUAUUUCGGAACGGGAACUGUCCUUCAAGCCAUGAUUGAACAUCAUCAUCGUCAACCGAUGUACUAUAAACAGCUUCCUCUCGAGCGCCGACCAAGCUUGUGUGACAUCCUUGGUGAUAUGCAUAUAGAAAACCUUCUGGUUGAUUCCUUAUAGCUUCAACAACGAGUUUGACUCCCGCUGUGGCAUUUGCAACAAACACCACAUCAUACUCAGUUGGGUCCGCUCC